CAAUCCCCAUAUCUUUACGCUUCUCUAUAUAUACUCCUUUUCCCAUCAUCUAACACAAUCCAAAUCCAAAUCAAACAAACCCCAAAUAAAUAAUCUCUAUAAUCUCCAUACUAAUCCAAACUCUCUUUCUCUCUCUCUCUCUCUCUCUCUCUUUUGGUUGAGCUUGGACACCCAAACCAAAUAGAUAUUCUAUACAUAUUAUAAGCACAUCAUCAAAAAUGGAUGGUCCCAUGGGAGAUCAAUUAUAUGGAUCUGUAAUUACUAGUACUCAUCAUCAAUUAUCAAGUGAAGAAGAUCAUCAAUUGGAUUUAAGGAAAGGUCCAUGGACGGUUGAGGAAGAUAACAAGCUUUUCAAUUAUGUCUCCAUCCAUGGCGAAGGUCGCUGGAACUCCCUUGCCCGCCAUGCAGGUCUUAAAAGAACUGGCAAGAGCUGUAGAUUGAGAUGGUUAAACUACUUGCGUCCAAGUGUUAGAAGAGGAAAUAUUACCCUCCAAGAACAGCUUCUUAUUCUUGAACUUCAUUCUCGGUGGGGUAACAGGUGGUCCAAGAUAGCCCAAUAUCUUCCUGGUAGAACGGACAAUGAGAUCAAGAACUAUUGGCGAACCAGAGUCCAAAAGCAAGCUAAGCAACUCAAAUGUGACGUCAACAGCAAGCAAUUCCAAGACGCCAUGCGUUAUGUUUGGAUACCUCGCUUAGUUGAACGGAUCCAGUCGGGUCGACCCGACUCCUCUUCUGCUGUCCAGCCCAUAUCCACCGGAGUCUCCACGUGGGGGUCCAGCUCAGCUAACCCAAAACCCAUGCCCGAUGUGUCUGGCUCUUCAUCAGACACGUCAGAGGCCCAACACUCCACGGUUUCGGACCUGACCGACUGUGGCCAACCCAUGGAAAUCGGGUCGGGUGGUUCGCUCCAGUACGGGUCGGAUAUCCAAGGAAAUGCACAAAGCGACACUUGGCUAAGUGGUGGGGACUCAUUAGAGAAUUGGUGGAGCGAGGAGGAUCUACAGUUUUUGGAGACUGCUUUGCUAUGAAUUUAAGUUAUUAUGUCCAAUAAUAGUAACAAACACAAAAUCACAAGAAUUUUCUUACGUGACGCAUUUGAGAUUCCAUGACACAGAUGUUUUAAAAUAUAUAUAUAUAUAUAUUUAUAUAGCUGAUAGACAGAGAGAAUUCAAGAACAUACACUUUUAACUUCUUUCUUUUUUUCUUAGGGUAUUUUUCAGCCAAAAAUAUUGGCCAUAAUUUGUUCAUCUCAAUUGGGGUUUAUUGUUUUUUUAGUAUAUUAAUUUAAUUAGCUUUCUUGUGGAAUUCAGAUUCGACUUCCUUGUACGUAAUUGAAUAAUAAUAAAUAGAGAGAUCAAGAGGUGAGGAUGAAA